GUGCUCUCUUAACCGUCACGGUGAUAUGGCUUCUAAGCCCUAAGUCUAGCGAGACGCAGUGAUCUGCUGAAACGCAAACCAGACGGCCGUUUAUACGGUAUAAACAUGAAGUUCGUAUCUGUGUGCCUAGUGUUGAUGGUCGCCGCUCUUCGUGGAGGUGUAUUAUCAGUAUCAACAGAAAAUAAUUACAAUGAACAAGAAGUUACGUUAGAAGAUUUAUCGAGUAUUUCUAAAAGGCAAACAAAUUUCCAAAAUAAUAAUUUCAACCGACCACAAAUUCCGCAAGAAUAUUUUGAAUUUACCCCACAAGCAAAUUAUGAUGGAAAUUUAGUACCAGAACAACCACAAUUCGAACAACAAAAUGCGCAACAACAAGUUUUUCUACAAGGAUUACCAUCUGAUGUAUUUCCCCCAACGACUACAACGACAAAAUCGCCAUUCACUGCUGAGCAAAUUCGAUUACAAGAAGAGUAUUCGAGGAGGACACUAGUAGAACAGCAAACAGCGCUACUUAGAUCUCGACAGAAGUUUUUAGCCCAACCACUUCAAACUCAACCUUCAGUGAUCCCCGAACAACAGCCACUACAGCCACUGCAAUUUAUAGAUCAAAAUGGGCAAAUACGCCAACAAAACUUAGGACUACAACAACAAAAUUUUGCUCCUCAACAACAAGAUUUAGUGUCGCAACAACAAUCUGUUGCGUCUGUUUCAAAUGAUGAACCGUUUUCAUACGCUCAAGUCCAAUUUGGUCCAGUGACUAAACAAGCGGAAACAGUAGUCAGCCGACCAAAAGGUCAAAGAUCUGUCUCGAGGCCCAGAACAAACUACGCAGUAGAACCUGCCACCCAACAAACAAUAGACUACCCAGCAGUGGCUGCUGCAAAUCCUGUACAGGUUAAUAGUCGUCUACUUCAAAACGUGGUUUACAUCCAGCCAAAUGGUCAGAUGUACAAAGCGAUUGAAGAUACCGAGCAAGUAGUACAGAUUCCGCGAAAGAAUAAUUAUUACCAAACGGUAUCAGCGGUAACUUCCGGUCCCACAACCAGCGCCACGUCCAUCACGCCUUUGACGUCGUCAACUACUACUGCGGAUCCAGUUGAAGAAGAGCAAGUUAUAAUAAUUCCUCGGCCUAAAAAACUCAAUCAAAGGCCUAGACACGAAGGCCGAAAAUCGAGUAGAGUACAACAACAGACGGUGAGAACUGAAAAACCUCAGCAGCAACAAGACCAACAACCGCAACAACAACAGUCAUCCGAAGUGGAACCGGACAAUUUUCUCACGUCGCUCCUGUCUAGGUUUCAGCAGACACAACCAGAGACAACAGUCGCAACUUUGCCCAAGUCGAGAGGUAGCACGAGGCCAAAAAGCGGUAACCGUUCUGGUACAUCCAAAUAUUUGCCAGACAGAAAUCAAUUGCAGCUAUUGCAAUUUCCACACGAACUCAAAGCAUUAAGUACUGCCGAACUCAAAGUGUUGCAAGACACGAGCGCGCAGAUUGCUGCUGCAAACGACAAGUCUGUUGGUCAAAAACAGCUUCUUCAAAACACUCAGGUUACUGGUACUGAACCACCUUCUCCAUCGCCAUCCUCUGUACAACUCAACGAACGAUUUAUACUCGGAAAUAGACCAGUGCCCAUGCCCGUCGAACUCAGUGAACAACAGCGUCAGUUCCUAGCAGCUCAAGGUAUUCGUCACUUGUACCGAGUGGAUUACGAUCAAUCCGGAAAUGAGUUACCACUGACUUAUGUAUUAGCACUGGAUAAUCGGCCCAAACUAGCAGAGCUAAGACAGAAACCCUGAACUUAACCUAUAAAAUAUAAAUGCUAUAAAAAGUGCCUAUUUAUGUAUUAAGUGUGUCUUAAAUUAUCAUUAUCAUUAUCAUUAUUUUUUGUAAAUAAUAGGUUAAAUAAAUAAAAGAAGUAAAA